CUCCGUGUUGCUGUUGCUGACGUUGGUGCUGUGCUAAGUGACGAUGGCGUCCACCGACCAGUCCCUCCUGGACAUUACAGAUAAAGAAACCAGGGAGAAACUAUCGUUAUGGGAUCGUCGCACCGACGCUACGGCUCCUCUCACGGAGAAACAAAUGGACGCCGUGCUAGAGAUCCGAGCCGCGGCUGAGACGCUCGCUAUCCCGUCAGAGCUGCCCAUUGAGGACUUGUGCAGCCUUUCGUCGCGGUCCUUGCAGUCCCCCUUCACAGCGACUGUGCCCGAGUCUACAGAGGACGUCCUGCUGAAGGGUUUCCAGAUGCUUGACAUGGAGAAUGACAGGAUAGAAACAGCACAGCAGUUUUUUGCCUGGUUUGCCAAGUUACAGGGAAACAUGGACCAGGAUGAGAGUGCAAAAUACAGGAAAACCAGAAAUGAUCUAAACUGCUACCAGGAGCAAUGCGAUGCUAUCCUGAAAGAUGUCAGUGCGGCUCUGGAGCACCUGGACUCCCUUCAGAAACAGUAUCUGUUUGUGUCCAAUAAGACUGGCACCCUGCACGAGGCCUGUGAACAGCUGCUGAAAGAGCAGUCGGAGCUUGUUGACCUGGCGGAGAGCAUACAGCAGAAACUGUCGUACUUCAAUGAGUUAGAAAACAUUAACACGAAACUGAACUCACCAACCUUGUCUGUAAAUAGUGAAGGCUUUAUUCCAAUGCUGUCAAAAUUGGAUGACUGCAUUGAAUAUGUUUCUUCACAUCCCAAUUUCAAGGACUAUCCAGUUUAUUUGGCCAAGUUUAAACAAUGUCUUUCUAAAGCUAUGCAUUUCAUGAAGAUCCACAUCGUGAACACUAUGCAGAAUCUCACAAGCCAGCUAACAAAAAGGGAUCCAAUGGGCCUGACCAACGCAGACAAUGCCUUUACACUUUACUAUGUUAAGUACAGAGCUGCUGCACCUAAAGUCAGAUCAAUGAUUGAACAGAUAGAACAGCGGGCAGAGAAGAUUCCAGAAUACCAUCAGCUCCUAGACGAGAUCCAUCAGUGCUACCUUGACCAGAGAGAGCUGCUCCUCAGUCCCAGCAUCACAUCCACCAUUACUGACCUGACCAACCAAAACAGCAAAGACCACUGUGCUCUGGUUCGCAGCGGCUGUGCCUUUAUGGUACACGUCUGCCAGGAUGAACACCAACUGUACAAAGAGUUCUUCUCUAAACCGAUGCCUAAACUAGACGAGCUGCUGGAGAAGUUAUGUUUGUCCCUGUAUGAUGUCCUCCGGCCUCUAAUCAUCCACAUCAUCCACCUGGAAACCCUGUCUGAGCUCUGCAGCAUCCUCAAGAACGAGAUGCUGGAGGACCAUGUUCAUAACAAUGCUUCUCAGCUGGGGGCCUUUGAUGCAGUGGUGAAGCAGAUGCUGGAGGAUGUCCAGGAGAGGCUGGUCUACAGGACUCACAUUUACAUCCAGACUGACAUCACAGGCUACAAGCCAGCUCCGGGGGAUCUGGCUUAUCCCGAAAAACUGGAGAUGAUGGAGAGGAUUGCUCAGAGCUUGAAGGAGGAGCAGAUGAAGCAGAUGUCUCAAGAGUCCAUGUUUUCUGAUGUUCAGCUUGAGGAUCCUGAUGGUAGAAGAAACAGUAAUGCUGGGAAUGUAGAAGCAUCACGCCUACAGACAUCGGUCUCUCCUGCUGAUCUGCACGGCAUGUGGUACCCUACUGUCAGACGAACGCUGGUUUGUCUGUCCAAGCUCUACAGAUGCAUAGAUAGAGCAGUCUUCCAGGGUUUAUCUCAAGAAGCCUUAUCUGCCUGCAUCCAGUCCCUGCUUAAAGCUUCAGAUAUCAUCCUUAAAAACAAGACGCAAAUAGACGGGCAACUUUUCCUGAUCAAGCACCUGCUGAUAGUGCGUGAACAGAUUGCCCCAUUUCACACCGAUUUUGCCAUCAAGGAAAUCUCACUGGACCUGAAGAAAACGCGAGAUGCUGCCUUCAAAAUCCUGAACCCUAAGGCUGUUCCCAAAUUCUUCCGACUUAACAGUCACAACGCCAUACUUGAAUUCCUGUUGGAGGGAACACCAGAGAUAAAGGAGCACUACAUUGACUCUAAGAAGGAUGUGGACCGACACCUGAAGUUCAGCUGUGAGCAGUUCAUCCAGCAGCAGACUCAGAUCUUUGUGGGGAACCUUGAGGAGUUUCUCACCAAGGUCGCAGCUCUUAAAACUAUGGCUAUCCAAGGUGGUCCCACGUACAGCCUGUCUCAGCAACCUUGGGCGCAGCCAGCAAAGAUCAACGAUAUAGUGAUGGCUACCUACCGGGUGAUGAAGAGCAAGCUGCCAAGCACUUUACAGAGCAUGUCCUUGUACUUAGCCAAUAGAGACACGGAGUUCAUCCUUUUCAAGCCUGUCCGGAAUAACAUCCAGCAGGUAUUCCAAAGACUGCAUGCCUUGCUUCAGGAGGAAUACAGCGGAGAAGACCUUCAAAUCAUCGCGUGUCCAUCGAUGGAGCAGAUUAACCUGCUGCUGUCUGUGAAUAAGUAAUGUCCAAGUUCAGUGUGGCAGUGCUUGUGAAACACCCUCUGGAUAGUAAUGGGAUGUUGCAACUCCGACCAUGACCAGGAGCUGCGAGGCUGAGUAUGCGAGAUGACCGGCUGCACCUGAGCUGCAAGCUUGACCGGGAGCGCUGAACUGACCGCGAAGUAAAGAAAUCCUGCACAAGGCCAAAGAUUCUCCAACGGAGGCUCAAGUAGCUACAAGUAUGUUGAGGUUCAGGUAUUCAUCUUGAAGUCCGUAACAAACUGGGAAGAGGAGGGUAUUAUUUUGGGUACUGACUUGAUCACGUUGUUUGACUUAAAUUGAAGGUGGUGUCGUGGUUAGGGUUGUUUUCAUGUAGGAGAAAUCCAUUUUGACAAGGGUGGAUUUGUGAUCACAGUUGCAUCUCUCUUAACACCAAAUUGUUUUGAAUAAAAAUAAUUUGCACACUAUGUGAGGGCGGGGGCGGCGGGUGAAUUGUAUUAAGAGUGUGCAGACAAGGACACUUUUGGGUGUGCAAAUAGAGGCACUAAAGGGUUGUUCAUCAGCCAGGUAGCUAAUGGCCAGUAAGGGGCUUGCAUUCAGAUGACUAGAAUCCCUCGAUGGGUUUGGAAGGAUAAUAAGAGAAGAAAAUGCUGCAAAAUAUUCUAUUCCUCUAUUUUAAAAAUGUAACAGCCUUUGUAACAUUCAGUAGAACUCUAUGGUGGCCUGAUGUGCUGCAGGAUGCUCAGGUCCAAUUAGGGCUGGGUAUCAUUAAAAAGAAUUACAACACCAAUACCAGUACCCUUAAAGCUAUACCGAUACCCUCAUCUGAUACCUUUUUUUACUUCAUUCGAUGCCCAUCUUGUGAAUGGAGGCAUUCAACUGCAAAAAGUGCCACCACCACUCCUCCCCAUCCACAUUAGGGAUGCACCAAUGAAUUGGCCAAACAUCGUCAUCAGCCGACGUUCGUCUUGUUGACUCCCAUCGACUUCUUGGCAAAUAAGAUGACAUUCACUGAUGGCAGUAGCCGAUGUUUCUCUGUUGUGUCACAUCGAUUUUGCGAAGGCUAAAAAGCAGCGCUCAAUGGCUAACAGCGACUUGGAACAAUGGAAAACGUGUUGGGGACGAACUGAGAUCUUCCCAGGGACGCCAUUAGGACGAAAGAACGUAGUUAACUCACUCUCGAAGUGUCACGGGAUGCACUCUAAUGCCACAUAGUGAACAAGUUCAUCUUGAAAUCAGUGAAAGCACAACUAGUUAACCUCGUUUGCCGGAACUAACCGCCAAUGGUGGUUGACUUGAGUCACACUAUGAUGCAUUCAAGGUCAUACAGUAAGAAUGAGUAUUGGGCGAAGGUAAAUUAUGAAGUUGUCAUGAUGUGUUCAGUGCAGCCUUAUAAAAUGUAUAUUUUGGCUACAAACUUGAAUAAAUACAGUUGUUGGAAUGAGUAAUUUGUUGAUGUUUUCACAGCAAUCUGAAAUAGAUAUUAGAGAGUGAAUUAUAUAUAAAAUAAUAGCCUAUAGUUUGAUAAUGUUAAAGGUUAUAUUAAAGGUUGUUUCAUACAUUUGUACGAUUGAUUUCGUGCUCAGUUAAAGACAGUGCAAUGAAGGGCUGAAAGAUUCUAAAACAGUUCAGUUAUUUUUCUGUAAUGAAGAUUUCUUUGUUUCCCCAGAACAAAAGGAGGAAUAAAUAACAACAAAAAUAAAAUGAACAAAAGCAACAAAAAAAGCAUCAGUAUUAGUAUCGGCUGUUGGUCAAAUUGUUAUUUUAAACAUUGCUGUCAGUCCAGAAUUUCAGUCUGUGCAUCCCUAAUUCAUGUAAUUUGUACACAAAUACAUUUUGAAAGUCUUAAAAUUAUUAAAAUAUAUAUUUACAGCCAUACUUUCAAAUAAGUUGGUGGCUACGAAACCUACAAAACCAUACAAGUAGUCUUGUUACAUCUUGGUACAAAAAGGAUCAAAUGCAGGUACCACUUGGUACUGGGUUAUUUCAGUCUAUAGUUUUGGUAUUGAUUGGUAUUGAUAUUGAGGUAUUGAUACCCAGCCCUAGGUCCAACAGGUUUCAGCUCUGAUCAUAGCAAAAAUCCACUCAGCUGUUCUUAACUUGCCAGAUGUUUUCUUAAAGAUUCUUCCACAUUCUUCUCGUGAAUAUUUUUGUUAUUCUCUUGCAAAUAUGUAAAAACAAUACAAUGAAAUCUUAUGUUUUAUACUUUUCCUUUUAUACAUAGGUUGAUUGCAACUAAUAUGCUUUUACUCUGGCAAAAUAAUGGACCGUCGACCUUGGCAGUUUUGCACUGUAUGCUGUAUGAUUUAUGGGUGUGUUUUUUAGUGGUCUGUCGCAGAGUAACAAAAGUAACAGGACACCGGCAAUGUGACAUUUGCUUUGAUGUGUCUCAUGUAAAAUGAUGUGUACAGUUAAGCUAUUUAUGAACAUUCUGAUUAAAAAAAAAGAAGUCAA